AUGGCAAACAUAUGCGAACAAGAAAGAAGGAAAGAAAAAUUGCAAAAGAAAAACUUUAUGCAAGCAGCAAAAUUGGCCUGGGACGAAUUCGUUUCAUUGCCACCUCAACAUUUCGUGGACAUUCGAAGAUAUUUUGGUGGCAGUGAAGGGAAAAGUGCCCUCACGGAGCUAAGAGCUAGUCAAGGUAGUCCUGUAAGAAGAAAUACACGAUGUCAGGUUCCACAGAAGAAACCAAGUAAGAAGCCGCUGGUAGCAGAUGUCGUGCUCUCCGACACAUGUAAGCAUGAAUGUUAUUCAAAAAGCUCGUUAUCUUUGCAGUUUACAAAACCGAAAUCUAUCCUUUGUAGCAAAGUGAAUAUCGAUGUGGAAUAUUAUGUAAAAUACUAUGUUAUAAUACAGUAUAUUAUAUAA